GUGGAAAGUAAUAUGAUGAGAUAGUGGAGAUUCUAGUAUUAUUCUUAUUGUACAGGUAUGUGGUAAGUGGUGUUCAUUAAGCAUCCUUGGUCUGUGUGCGCUCGUCGUUGCCCUGGCGUUUCCAGCACUCGCGGAAGGUUUCCAUCUCACUCUGGCACUGGCGCCAGUCCUUCUUUUCGAACCAGCAGUCGUUCAUUUUCAUCUGCUCCGCUGUAAUUCCGGUGCUGAAGAUCCGCUUGUCCCAUUCGUCCGGCUCGUCGUCCUCCUCCUCCACCUCCACGGGCGGGUUCUGCCUUUUCUCCUGGUCCGACAUUGUGCCUGUUUGCUUGCUUGACUGCUUGAUUGCUUGUGUGGUGCUCUGAGAGAGAGUUGCAGGUAGUUGCCGCAAAAUGGCGACCCCCAAUAUGACCGGCAAAAAGGUCAACGUUCUGGUCUAUUCCGGCAAUGGAACCACCGUCGAAUCGGUCCGCCACACCCUCUACUCCCUCCGCCGCCUUCUAGCCCCCCACUACGCCGUCAUCCCCGUCACCUCCGAUGCCCUCCUCCACGAACCCUGGACCGCUACCUGCGCUCUCCUCGUCAUCCCCGGCGGCGCUGAUCUAGGCUACGGCCGCGUCCUCAAUGGCCCCGGCAACCGCCGCAUCGAACACUUCGUCAAGCGCGGCGGCGCUUACCUCGGUUUCUGCGCGGGUGGGUACUACGGUUCCCAACGCUGCGAGUUCGAAGUCGGCGAUAAGACACUUCAGGUCAUCGGAGAGCGCGAAUUGGCCUUCUACCCUGGUACAUGUCGCGGAGGGGCGUUCGCGGGGUUCGUCUAUCACAGUGAGGCGGGGGCGAGGGCGGCGGAGAUUUCGGUGAAUAAAGAUAUUCUCAAUGCGGGGAUUGUGCCGGAGCGGUUCAGGUGCUACUAUAAUGGAGGUGGGGUGUUUGUGGAUGCGCCCACGCUGGCUGACAAGGGAGUGGAGGUCCUGGCUAGCUUUGAGGAGGAGUUGAAUGUUGACCCCGGGGAGGGGAAGGCCGCAGUGGUAUUUUGUCGCGUUGGCGAAGGGAGGGUUGUUCUUACGGGACCGCAUCCGGAGUUUGCAGCUGCAAAUCUGGAUAAAAAAGCCGGUGGCCCCGAAUAUACAAAGGUCAUAGAGGCGCUGGAGGCUGAUGACAAGGCGCGCACGGACUUCCUCAAGGCAUGUCUGGUCAAGCUGGGCCUGCAGGUGACGCAGAGCACAACCACCGUGCCGUCGCUGUCGUCGCUGCAUCUGUCCUCGCAGGAGCCGGCGGAGACGGCCGAUCUGGUGGCGUCCUGGCAGGAAAUCAUCACCAAGGAUGGCAACGAAGAGAUUAUCAAGGACGAGAAUGACACAUUCCGGAUUGAGAGACCCGGCGCAUGGAAUCUGAGCCAGUUGGAAGAUUCACUCCCGGCAUCAUCGCAGUCUACGGAGGGUAUCGUGGAUUACAACGCCAUUGUCAAGCGGCUGGUGGUGCACGACGACGUGCCAUCGUCGAAACUGACGCCCUACUUCAACCAUCAUGCCUUCUACUCCAACCUCCACCAGUACCAGUCGCAGUCCCGCGAGGGUGCAUCCGAGUUUGGCGCCCACCUCGUGUACGGCGAGGUUGUUACCAGCACGAACACGAUCCUGGAAAAAAACCCCAAGCUGCUGCGCAAGCUGCCUAACGGCUUCACCGCCAGCGCCACGACCCAGGUGGCAGGCCGCGGCCGCGGAUCGAACGUAUGGGUGUCGCCGGCCGGGGCGCUGAUUUUCUCGACGGUGCUUCGCCACCCGUUGGAGAAGAUUCAGUCAGCACCAGUCGUAUUUAUCCAGUAUUUGGCGGCGAUGGCAGUGGUGCAGGGAAUCAAGAACUACGAUGCGGGGUACUCGGAGCUCCCGGUCAAGCUGAAGUGGCCGAAUGACGUGUAUGCACUGGACCCGGAGCACCCGGAGAAGAAGCAGUACUCGAAAAUCUGCGGCAUCCUGGUGAACUCGCACUACUGCGCGAACGAGUACAUCUCGGUCGUGGGCAUUGGCAUCAACGCAACGAACGCAUCGCCCACCACAUCGUUGACGGCGCUGGCGGCGCGGUUCCUGGGCCCCCGGGCGGCCCCGAUCACGCUGGAGAAGCUGCUGGCGCGCAUCCUCACGACGUUCGAGGAGCUGUAUACGCGGUUCCUGCGGACCGGGUUCGAUCGGUCGUUUGAAGAAAUGUAUUACGCGCACUGGCUGCACAUGCACCAGGUGGUGACGUUGGAGGAAGAGGGGGGUGUGCGCGCGCGCAUCAAGGGGAUCACGCGGGAUUACGGGCUGCUGCUGGCAGAAGAACUGGGCUGGAAUGACCGACCGACGGGCCGGGUGUGGCAGCUGCAGAGCGACAGUAACAGUUUUGACUUCUUUCGCGGAUUGGUGCGGCGAAAGGUGUAGUGGGGGAGGCCAAUGCAGCCAGUGGAUUUUUAGAUUUUUAGUGUAGAGCGAUUUUAGCAACUAAAGUAGCAUAGGACUAUAGAGAUCGGAAAUGUUGCUGGAGAGAGAUAAAGUGCCGGAAAGGCGACCGAAAUGAGCGACACGUACAGAUACCGCAUUGGGAAAGUCGAGCGCGGCACAAAACACUUGCAUUUGCCUAAUUCUGUAGGUGAAACCUGCCUCGGAUCUGGCAUGGGGGAAACACAUGUGGUUGGGUCCUUGGUUCAGUGCCCCUGGGAACCAGGGAGUGAGUCAUUCCGCGGAACAUGAAUAGUUAAACCACUUGGACGAUCAUCUUAAUAGAAAGGGGAAUCAAUGAACGAAUGAAUGAAUGAAUGAUGAACACACAAUGAGAUUAUUAUGGUCGGGAAUGACGC